UUGUUUGGCAAAAUGUCGGAAACCAAGACAGUGGUUCCAUUUCAGGCAUCGUCUGUCGUCGCUGUUACAGAAAAUGCCAAAGAAAGUGAGAAAGGGAACGGUUUGAAAUCUCAUCCCAUAUUUGAAGCUGUCAAAGCUGGAUUGCUGAUUCCAGUACAGUCAUUAGCAGAACAAUAUGGCUUACCUGUUUUGGCAUUAAGGGAUGAUAAAGGUCAUACUCCAGUUCACUGGGCUUGUCUUGGGGGACACACAGCCAUUCUGAGGUACAUGAUAGAGAAUAAAGUCCCAAUUGAUGAACCAAGUUCCAAUGAUCUAGGAGCCAAGCCAAUACACUGGGCCUGUGUCAAUGGCCACAUAGCUAUAGUUGACAUCCUGACACAGGCUGGAGUUGACUUGGACUCAGUGGAUCACAAGAACUGCACACCUCUUAUUGUAGCAGCACAGUAUGGUCAGACUAUGUUGGCUGGUUAUCUCAUGGGCAAAGGUGCUAGGCUACAGCUCACAGAUAAAGACGGGGACAAUGCUUUGCACUGGGCAGCAUUUAAGGGUCAUAAUGAACUGAUGCGACUUUUGAUCUAUUCUGGCUUCAAUCCUAGACAAAAAGACAACUUUGGCCAAACAGCACUUCAUCUUGCUUGUAUCAAUGGGAACCUGACAGCAGUCAGAGAACUCUGUGAACAGGAUGGUGUAGAAAUAGACAUACCAGAUAAUAAUGGUAAAACUCCUCUCCAGCUAGCUCUGGGUAGGAAACAUGAUGCAAUAGUUAGCUAUUUAAAAAAUGAAGUUCAAUCUAGAAACAGUAUUUUACCCCGUAUUGAUUGUUGGGCCAUUAUAUUUGGACCACCUGGCAAUUCUAAAGGAGCUCUUCUAUUCUUUUUCUUCAAUGUUGUUUUAUGGGGUUAUCCCAUGUACAUAUUUAAGUGUUUACCUAUUACCUGGAAUGAACUUCAGAUUUUCCAUGUUCUCUUCAUGUUCACUAAUGUGAUAAUGUGGAUCUGUUUAUAUCAUGCCAACACUAUAGACCCCGGUUAUCUGCCGAGAAAUAUACCAGAGUAUGAUAUGGCAAUAAAACAAGUAGCUCAUUUUGAUGAAUGGAAGCAGGGACAAAAUCCUUUAUCAAGGCUGUGUCACACGUGUCGAACAGUAAAGCCUUUGCGAGCUAAACACUGCCGUGUAUGUAAUCGCUGUGUCAAAGAAUUUGACCAUCAUUGUCCAUAUAUUCAUAACUGUGUUGGAUAUUAUAAUAGGAUGUGGUUCUUUGCAUUUCUUGUGUCACUGGGAGUGUGUAUUGCCACUUCUGACUACUUCUGUUAUUACAUUCUCUACUACAUUCACUGGGACUGGCUGGUUGUGGUCGGAGCUGUGGAGAUGGCUAUUGUGUCUGUAAUGGAUGGUGUGGUCCUUAGUAUGUCGAUAUACCAUGCUGCUCGCAACUUAACAACCAAUGAGAGGAUAAACUUCAAACGCUACGACUACCUCAAGGACGGGAAAGGUGCAUUUUAUAACCCUUUUGAUAGGGGGGUGAAGACAAACUUGUUGGAGUUUUUACAUCUGCGUCAAGGCCAGAGAGAGGACGAGGUUCAGUUGUUAGGUGUCCAUAUUGUUUGAUGUGGUGGGUUCUUACAUAGGUGCAGGCGGCAGUUGAUUUCCAUAUCAUAGUAAGAAAAAAAUUAGUCUAAGGCAUAGAGCAUAGGUUACUGUAUAUAGUGACGAAGUCAACUUUUCAGUAUGGGGUCACCCAUAGAUGAUGUCAUACUUUUUUGUUUACAUUUUUACAUCUAUUCCCCCCACGCAGCAUUACAAAAAGCCAGACAUCCCCCCCCCCCUCUAAAAUAAUGUCACACCACAGCCAACAACCCUCUUCAAAAUUGCAGUUUUUUAAACAUCAAUUUUGUUUUUAAAAUAUUGACUGUGUUUGGUCAACUAAUAGAGUAUAUUAAUCAAUCUCCAUUAUAAUUUAACUUAAACAGAUUUCUAAAAUUCAAACUAAUGGCUAAAAUUCAGUUCUAACAUUACUAUUUGUAAAUGCAAAAGUGUGACAUCACACUAUCUGAACCCUCCCCCUCACCACACUUAGUCAUAAAAUUAAAAAAAAAAAUCCACCUCUAGAAGUGACAUCAUUUAUGGACAACCUCUGUAGUUACUGUUUAAUUUUUAGCACAGCAUGUUACCAGCAUUCUUUUUUAAAUGAUCAAUUUAAAAAGCAAUGGGAAAAAGAGUUACAAUUAAGUUACCAAUUCAAACUAAUCAAAUAGUGUGAGCAAAAGCUGUUUUUAUAAACUCAAUCUAUGUCCUGUUACAUUUUUUUCUGCAAAGUGUUUUCCUAACACAGACUGCUUUGUUUUAUAUGAGGAUUAACUGAAAUCAUUACUAUACAUUUUUUAUUGACUAUUUACACCAUUAUGCCACAUCCCAAGUCAAAAACUUUGUCACUAGAACAAAAUCAUCAUUCCUUCUCCUGUCACCCUGGAAGUUACAUACCAAAGUCAUCUAUUUAUUAACAGAGUAAAUUAAAUUAUAGCACUUGUCCAUAAGUUUUUGAAGCAGAAUUGCGUUCACUGCCAGCAAUACAUUUUAUGUUUAAAGGCAACUUUUUUAUUUAGUUUAUAUAGCUUUUUACAGAUGAUUUGUUGAACUGUAUAUAUAAAUUGUUUACACAAAAUUGAAUUAAAAUUAAUUUUUUUCUAUUUAUUUUACUCAAUAAUCUAACCACCAAGGAUAAUUUUUUCUUUCUGUUUGUUGUAUUAGCACAUAAGACACCACAGAUCAAUAAAUAUACAUUUAUAAAUACACUUUAUUAGGCUGAUUUUCUAUAAUAUUAUAUACACCUUACAAAAAAUACUUUGUGCAAAAUUUCCCACUUGUUAUAGACUUCUAAAAGUCAUCUUUUAAGCUGUUUUACAUUAUAACUGUUUCAUUUACCCAAACAUAUUCUUCUAUAUAAAACUUGAUGUUAAAAAAUAUUGUCAGAAAUGUUUUGGUUGAAUCAGCUAAUCGUUUUUUUUUUCUACAAAAAUAAACACCAAUGCCAACUUACCUGCAUAAUUUGUUGAUUUUGUAACUUACUUACUUACUUACUUACUAUAGAGGUAUAAGAAUCACACUGAUAGAACUAUGUUAAUUAUGUUACUGUUUUACCAAAGAUCAACUACCAGUUAUUGGAGUCUGAAUAGGGUUGUUUUUUUUUUUGUAUUUUUAUAUUGAAAGCUUCCUAUAAUUGCAAAUUGGGAAUUAAAGAUGUACACAUUAUAAAUUAGAAAAUAUUUUACUGAGUGACUAUCCCAUAUUGUGAUACUUUUUGUGCACAUUUGUAUCCAAACAAAUUAGGAUAAAUACUGUUGGCAAAAAAAAAAUAUUUUCAGACAAUUUUAAUACAAUUUAUUAAUAAUUAUAAGAGGCUACUAUUCUAAUUUAGUUGCAUGUAUAUUUACUAAAUUAACUCUAUACACAUGAAUAAAAAACAAAACAAUUAAGCAUUUUGGUGGAAAGGAACAAAUGCUGGUAUAUAAAUGAAAUAAAAUAAAGUCUUAUUAUUUCUUUACUUGUUAUAGUAUUGUGUUUUUAUUUAAUAAUAGUAAUGUUAAUUAUUUUCAAAACGUCCAUGAAAGGCAUUAGUCUUUAUCAAUCUAUUCUAUCAACGAUACAAUACUAAAUCAGAUUGAAAAAAACAGUUCAAAAUUCACUAUUUCAUUAUUAUAAAAUUUAAAAAAUCUGUGCACAAAUAAGUUUUCAUCCUCUGUGUUUAUGAGAUUUUUUAUUAAGAAAGUCUAUUUUAGGCUGUGAAAUGUAAUAUUUACUACACAUGUGAAAAGAUUAAUAUAGAAACAUACUCUUUAUUUUCUCUUCACGUUCAUUUUAAUUUAAACUUUAAUGAUAUUUAUAUUUUGAAAUUGUUUUCAUUUAUAUGGGUGUGGAUUAAAAAAAAAUUUCUUUUUUUUAUUUAUUUUGAAACACUUUUUAUACACUUUUUUAAAGAAAUUAGUAUUUAUUUAGCCUGUAAUCAUUUCUAGGGAGCAAAUUUUAUGGCAGGACCACCACAUAAAAUCAUCCAUAACACCCUUCCCCCUUAAUUUUCCCUAGAAAUAGUCAACCUAUGAAUGCUUUUGUAAUUUGUAUGGCCUUCAUUAAUUAGUGACUGGAGUUUAAAUCACAAUAUUUAAAAAAUGGGUGAUAUAACUGCAUUUCUCAGCUAGUUCAAUGUAUUGGCAUUAAUUUCUUCAACAGUGACAAUAUCACCUAUAAUAUGAUCAGUUUUUGCUUGUUUGUAAAAUAAGUUUAAUCUUAAAAGUAGGCUACAUACUGAAAUUUCUUGUAUCCCACCUCUAAUAGUACCUGCUUCAAAUUUUUCAACUACCAGUACUUUAUAAACUGUUUCUUUUAGCCUUUUCUCCAAUUAUCAAUAGUAAUUGUAAGUGUUCUUGUAAGUUUUUAUACAGGUUUCCUUCAAAUGCUGCUUUAUCUAGUGCUGUCUUCCAUUGAGCUAAAGAAAUAUCUCUGGUUUUAUUGAAUGAGAUUUUAGUUUUUACCAGAGAAAAUGUUAAUCUACUUUUUGUGUUAAAUAGUAAUAUACUUUACUUGGCAUGUCUAUUCAUAUACAUCUGGAUUGUGUGAUCAAACUACGUGUAAAACAACAGAAAAUAGUUUUAAAAUUGAGCGUAGAUUGGAGAUUUUUAUGUCCAUACACCAUACCAUUACACAUUCAAAUAUGUUUCAUUGACUAUCUCUUUUCAAGUAUGUUGAAUUAAAAAACUGUUAAUGUUUUAGUGUUUCAAUUUUGUUGAAGAAAAACAUAAUUACGAUCACAGUUUGGUCAUUUUUUUUCUUAAACUGUUGAUGUUCUCACAUUAGAAAAAUGUUAUUAUGAGAAAUAGUCUAAAAUUAUUUAAAAUAAUAUAUUACAAAUAUAUUUGAAUAGCAAAAUAUAAAUAGUAAGAAUUACUCGAGUGUCUACCUCUGUUGUUUUAUCUAUAUAUACAACUAUGAUCACUAUUGAGAGAAAAAUACUGAAUUAUUUAAACGUUUAAUGCUUAGGAUUAAUUUUUUACUUCAUUUAGUAAGAAACAAAAAAAGUAAGAAACAAAAAAAUUUAGUAUUUAAAGAUUUAAAAAAGUGUAUUUAUGCAAGAUACUUUUUGGUUGAGAAGUAAGUGAGAUCAUAUUAUGUUUAUGCUCUUCACUUUAUCUUUAGUACAUAACAUUGUAAAAAAGUGAUCUGUACAGCAAAAAAAAAAAUCACGUUUUAGUUACCCUGCACAAUAUUUUUUCUACCUCUCUGUACUCAACCUCUUUAGUACAAACUAAUGAAAGUAGAUGAUGCAGUUGCAUGAAAAUCAUUUUCAUAAUAAAUGUAAUAAAUCAUUUACUGUCAUAAAAAGUCUAUUAAUGUUAAAGAGAUAAUGAGACUCACUGAAAAAUGCUCACUAUGAUGUAAUGCAGAGAAGGUUAGAGAAAACAUGAGUUUUCAAAACAACAAUAAACUAUGUUUGAAUAUGCUAUGCCUGAAUAACAAACAUUGAACAUCCUUACAAUAUGUCCGUUUUAAACAUUGUCAGUUUUUGUCAGGUAAAUCUUAAAUCAUUGUUAUCAAUAUUUAAUUGAGGUAAAUUCAAAACUAUUGAUUGUAUAUGUAUUUUGUCAUAGUCAGCUUCAUUUUAGAUUAGCUUAUCAUUUGAUGUAGAUUUUAAAAAAUGAAAUUAAUGCAUUUCAUGAUUCAGCAAUUUAAUCAAAAUUGUUUUGGUUUUUUUGAUUAUUAUUGUUUUGUUAUAUUUUAAGGUCCAGGUUAAAAUAAGUCUACACAUGCAUCUAUACAGUAUAUAGAUUAUACAAGUAUACAGAUUGUCAUAAACCCACAAUGACUAUUGAAACAGGCAUACUAUUGUUCAAAUUUAUAUCUUUUUUUUUAAAUUUUUGUUAUUGUUUUGAUGGACAAUUUUUUUUUUCUGACUUGUUUACAUUUUUUUUUUCUUUAACAAUUGUACUUCUUUGUAAAGUAAAAUAUCGUUUUUGGAGAUGUUUGAAAAAUAAAAUUAAUUAAAACAAUA